AUGGAUCAACGAGAAGUUCCGUUCUUCCGAUGGAUCAACAACUUCAUGUCCUCGUGACUAUCCCUGAAAAUUCCUGGACAUUUUCGUUACUUUCUUUGUCAGAAAAGAGACUGUAAACAAAAGGAAAGGGACUCACAAUACUGGGGAAUGUGAAUCACCUAUUCCUCCGUCCGUCCGUAGACCGACAUCUUAAAGAGGACAAUAAUGAGGGAAGAGAACAGCGCCACAAACUUGAUCUACCGUGUAGUCAAUGGAAAAUUAUUGAUUGAUAUUCUAAAACCUGCUUUUUGUGCUUUUUUGCGAACAUUAUGAAAUUGAAACUGAAAUCCCACAUCCAAACCUGUUUUUUUUCCAGGCAAAGCUCGAGAAAUGAGCGUCUUGCUCACAUUUCUGUUGAGAAUUGCCGCCGAGGCAAACGGGACCCGGAUACAGUGGGCACACCACAACACCCACGCCGUGUGUCCGACCUCGAUUAUGACUCGCCUGCGCCGGCUCGCAGAGGCUUCGACACGCCACCGUCUCCACAGUCGCCGCCAUCAAGACCAAGCUGCGGGAGGACACCGUCGCCGCUCGCCCCAGCACUCACAAACAAUUCGCUGCGGUCGACGGCGACGGUGUACAAUCUGAGGGAUCUUGUUCGACCAACUCCGCUCAAUGUCGGAGUCCCGAACAGGACGAACCGGAAGAGGGUAAGCAAUGCCGAUACCGGAAUUUCGAGCUGAAAUUUUUGUUUUUUUAGAAGAGAACCCGAUGCUCGGCGCCAGCGCCCGGUCGGCAGCAGAUCGUGUUCGGGAACCUUGAGUUCCAAAUCGAUCCGUCGGACGACGAGUUCCGAGCACGAAUCGGCGACAUACUGGGCCGACUUGGGUAAGAUUUCAUGAUUUCAAGCGCCAAAAACUGACUAAACACUCAUUAUUUAUAGGAUCGAUUUGGAUUGGGACGCGGCAACGUUCCCGAACGCCUCGCGGGGACGGCAACACCCGAUCUCUCCAAUCUUCUGGACCAUCGUGGAGGUUCCGAAAGCAGUGGCGGAGGAGAUCGGGCGGGCCGUCGCAGAACACCUGGACAGCUUCAAUCAGCUGGAGUACGGCAAUAACGUAGAGGUUUGUUUAUUUUUUUCGAAAAGAGAAUGUCAGUUUUUUUGACCACGAAGCUUUGCAGAAGUACGUCAUUGUCGAGCUCCACGACACAAAGGAAUCGCGGACCAGGGACGCAUUUCUGCACGCCGCCGCCAGCAACUUCAGGAUGAUGUACCGUCACGACCGAAACUGCUCCGUCACCGUCUGCCACAAACAUCUACUGGUGACGAGAGACGGUUCAGUCCUCGAGAGGCUGUCCGUGAAGGACAUCAAGGACAAGUUCGCGGCCAACUUCGAUGCGAUCAUGCGGAGCAUCCGCCCAACCCAGAGGUCAGGUGUCAAAAUGCUCCUCCAAUGAGACGAUUCGCCUCGCUAUUUUUUCAUUCUGGAAUAUAUUGAUUUUUGAAAGUUUUAUCGUUUAAUGAAUGUUUUAUGAGUCAGACUCCGUACUCAUCGCAUUCUUACGUUGAAAGCUCAUGGCACCGCAACGCAAAAAGAACACGAAAAAUUAUAAGGAAACCGGAAAAAACGAAAGUUACUUCUGAAAUUAAUGCGAUUGAAUUGAAAGAGAUUCGAGAUAGACAACAACUGUUUUCAAGAAAAAAAAGAGAUGAAAUAUCGAAUUUGACGACGCGUUUGUUCAAUAUCUGGCGGAAAUCGAGUGGAAAAGUGAUCGAAAUGAACAUAAAAGUAAAUAUUUGGAAUUUUUGGGUCCAAAUUUAAAUGCGGGAGAAGUCAGAAAAUAAAAGAGAAUCGGGAAUAUCGAGUCACCGAUUCUUCGGUCCUCAAGUUUUCGGAAAACAAGUUAGUGAAAAAAAAAUUGAAAAGAGUGAAGCGAAAAUCGAAAGAUGCCGGGUGGAGGUCGAAGACUCUUUGGAAAUGCGCCUUUAAAAAGACCUACUGUAGAAGCUGGCAAUUGCAAACUUAUUGAACACUUUUUCAGCGCAAAUUCACAAUUCUAUUUGCAUUUGUUAAUUUUUUCCAGAAAAUCCGUUCAAACGGCAUCAAUUUUCAUCAAAUGCUUGAUAACUACAGCCAACUAACACGAAAUGUGAGUCAAUUUCCUCGUAAAAUGUAUCUCACGGUCUCCAGAGCUGACAAUAUGGGCGUGGCCUCGGCCAAAUGGCGUUUUCAUGAAUUGAGCAGAUUUUCUCUGAUUUUUGUGGUCAAAGGCGAUGAAAAAUGAUUGUUCGACAUGAAAACACACUAAUUCUCAGAAUUAAUGACGUUUUGGCGCAUUUUUCGCGGACUUUGCUUUUUCGCCUUCGCCGCCGAUAGCCGCCGAUCGUUGCCUCAAAACCGCACUUCUCAUUUUGCGCUUUCUUGACCGUUUUCAGACAGAAUUGGUUUUGAGAAUGAUAAAUCACGUAAAUACAAGCAUUUUGAGCGCUCGAACCGCGAAGACUACCGAAAAGCAACUGAAAUUCACGCAGUUUUAACCAAAAACCUUCAAACGGAUAAAUGUGAUUUGCGGCUAGACCAAAUUUAACGUUCUUGCUCUUUAAAAAAUUCCUAAUAGCCUAUACAAUCGGUCUAUCGAGAGACAAAGAGAAAUUAUCAGUUUUUCGUGGCUAAUCUGGCAAAAAACACAAAUUUUGCUGUUAAAAUUUGAAUUUCGCGUAUCGCUCUAUUGGACGGGGCGCACUUGCGCCCAUUGUCAGCUCUGCAGGCCGUAUAUCUGUGCAGAUUUUGUGGCAUUUUGAACAUUUAAAACUUUUUAGUUAUUCCCAAAAUUCCGACGAAGUUUCGCGUAUUCUGUUGGGUCCUUCCCAGAAAACUCGCACCAACACUAAGAAUUUCGAGUCUCGUGACGACGAAAUUUAGGCCCAGGCGCCAGGAGCAAAUCCGGUGCCGAAGAAUCUAAUGUUCCGGCGUUCCGGAUAUUCAUCCGCCCAACGAAACCGUUAAAAACGAAACAAAAUGGGUUUUUCCCCUACUUUUUGGUUUUAGGCGACAAAAUUGGGGGACAGUUCGAGGUACGACACUCCAGAUGACUUUUUUCACUGAAAUUAAGCUUCUCAUCCGUUUACACGUCAUCAAUUUGCAUCAACUUUCUUCAGGCACAUAAUCGAAUUGCACUGUACGUCUCCACCGAAUCGGCGGUGAGAGAAUUGAUCGAGAAAUUGUUGGCGAACCGAAAAACCGACAGACUCAUUCAUCAGCGGUAGCCGACUAACAGAAUGACUAUGGAAAAGCCCAAAAGUUCCACUGAAUAAGCGUCUUGGUGAGUCGACUGUUCUGGUACAUAUCUCUCUGCAGAAAUUUUCAAUAUUCGUGCAAUCAAUCGAGGAGAAGGCAUGCUUCUGAAGUGAGCAGAGUGGAUCACAAGAAAGUCUGCUGAAAAAAAAGCUUCCCUGGAUCUCGAUCGAUGAAGGCAGUUCAUCCAUCCGUGACGCACGUCACAUAUCGAGUAGACCUAACAGACUACACACUCAUAAUCCUAACAGACUACACAUUCAUAAUCCUAACAGACUACACAUUCAUAAUCCUAACAGACUACACACAGAAACGGAGAGAAAGGGCCGUUUUGAUCUACUCGAUAUGUGAGGAGUAAGUAUAAAAGGGCCCCCGUGGGAAAGAAUAGCCAUUCAUUCGGACAUACCGACUUGGCGGACGGUCGGAUCGUCUCGUUCUGCCCGCGUUUUGGGCGGGCGGACUUUCCAGACCCUCUGCUAAUCGAUAUCGAUCCGAUAUUUUUCCACCUGUUCUUUCUCCCCUUUCUCUCCGUUACUUCAUUUUCUCUUUCAUAUGUCAAGUCCAUACGGAAGUGAAGUGCACUCUAUUCCGAAGCUAUUUCAGCUGUGAUCCCUGUAAAGUUCCUUUCUUAUCCGACAAAAGUUGCAUAAAUUUCAUUUUGCUUCUAAAUGCUCACAGGAUAUCACAUUUGAGAGAGUUUCUAAAAAAAAUUGCGCUGAACUCUCGGAUGCCUCUAUAUGUAGUAGAAACAAACCGUCCUGUUAUUCCUAUGUAUUUUAUGACACUAAGUUUUCAAAAUCCCCUGUUUCAGGUGCAAGAUUCGGGUCGAAUGAAGCAGUUGCUGGUGAAAGACCAGGCGGCGAAGGAAAUCAAGCCGCUGACGGACCGCGUCAACAUGGAGCUGACGACGUUGAAGAAUCUGACGACGUUGAAGGAUCUUCGGAAGGUGAAGAGGCCUCAAGAAACCUCCCGCUCUUGAUGCAAGCAGUGACUGUCGCUUUUCGAAGUGUCAGUCACUAGGAUCUGAUAGAGUAGGAGGGAGGCGCAUUCCGCCGAGCACUUUGUGAGUUUGCAAGCAGAAUUAGAACCAUAACAAUUGAAUCUUUCAGACGUGCGCAUCCGAAAAAAUGUGACUUUAUGUGACUACAAUAGCUUAGAAGAGGUGUAUUCUUGGGGAGUAUCCGUCUGUACGUCCUUCUCUGAGUAGGGCCACAGCGGUGAUCUUCGUGACGUGAUUUGCCCCGUCACGGAGGAAAAAUCACCGCCCCCACCUUACACGUGGCGUGGUUGACCCCCUUCUCUACGGGGCGGCGGCUCUGCGGACCGUGGGUACUUGAUGCGGACUUGCACGGUCCUUACGGAUCAGAUCCCUUCAAGUGACCCUAACGAUAACUUCUUGAAGGAAGCCUGAGAUGAGAGGGAUGUGGGCAGACAGAGACGGGCACUCUUUGGGGUUAACCUCUUGCGCGCAUGACUUACAUGUUAGAACGAGGAUAUUCGGAAGGCGAAGAGGCCUCAAGAAACCUCUUACUCUUGAUGCAAGCAGUGACUGUCGCUUUUCGAAGUGUCAGUCAUUAGGAUCUGAUAGAGUAGGAGGGAGGCGCUUAGCUUAGAAGAGGUGUAUUCUUCGGGAGUAUCCGUCUGUACGUCCUUCUCUGAGUAGGGCCACAGCGGUGACCUUCGUGACGUGAUUUGCCCCGUCACGGAGGAAAAAUCACCGCCCCCACCUUACACGUGGCGUGGUUGACCCCCUUCUCUACGGGGCGGCGGCUCUGCGGACCGUGGGUACUUGAUGCGGACUUGCACGGUCCUUACGGAUCAGAUCCCUUCAAGUGACCCUAACGAUAACUUCUUGAAGGAAGCCUGAGAUGAGAGGGAUGUGGGCAGACAGAGACGGGCACUCUUUGGGGUUAACCUCUUGCGCGCAUGACUUACAUGUUAGAACGAGGAUAUUCGGAAGGCGAAGAGGCCUCAAGAAACCUCCCGCUCUUGAUGCAAGCAGUGACUGUCGCUUUUCGAAGUGUCAGUCACUAGGAUCUGAUAGAGUAGGAGGGAGGCGCAUUCCGCCGAGCACUUUGUGAGUUUGCAAGCAGAAUUAGAACCAUAACAAUUGAAUGUUUCAGACGUGCGCAUCCGAAAACAAAUCGGAAUCGUCAUCUCGGCGCUGGCCGAAGGAACCAAGUCGCACGUGCCGUACCGUGACUCGAAACUGACGCGCAUUCUUCAAGAGUCGCUCGGAGGAAACUCGCGGACUACGGUCAUAAUUUGCGCGUCGCCGUCGCACUUCAACGAGGCGGAGACCAAGUCGACGCUGCUUUUCGGACAGAGAGCCAAGACGAUCAAGAAUGUGGUGCAGGUGAACGAGGUGCUGACGGCCGAGGAGUGGAUGCGCCGAUACGAGAAGGAGCGCGAGAAGGUACGCUUUUUUUUAAAAUGUAAUUGCCCUUUUGGACAAGAAAAUUUUUUCAAGUGAUUUUGUGUAAAAUGAAUGAUUUUAGGUGACCCGCCUGUCAACCCUCCUCCAAACAGCCGCCCUGGAACUCUCACGCUGGAGAGCCGGCGAAUCAUUGUCCGAAUUGGAAUGGAUCAACCUGUCGGAGACGGCGCAGAUGGCAGUCUCGGAAGUGUCGGGCGGUUCCACUCCACUUAUGGAAAGAAAGAAGCCGCUGACGGACCGCGUCAACAUGGAGCUGACGAUGUUGAAGAAUCUGACGACGUUGAAGGAUCUUCGGAAGGCGAAGAGGCCUCAAGAAACCUCCCGCUCUUGAUGCAAGCAGUGACUGUCGCUUUUCGAAGUGUCAGUCACUAGGAUCUGAUAGAGUAGGAGGGAGGCGCAUUCCGCCGAGCACUUUGUGAGUUUACGCUUUUUUUAAAAUGUAAUUGCCCUUUUUGGACAAGAAAAAUUUUUUUCAAGUGAUUUUUGUGUAAAAUGAAUGAUUUUUAGGUGACCCGCCUGUCAACCCUCCUCCAAACAGCCGCCCUGGAACUCUCACGCUGGAGAGCCGGCGAAUCAUUGUCCGAAUUGGAAUGGAUCAACCUGUCGGAGACGGCGCAGAUGGCAGUCUCGGAAGUGUCGGGCGGUUCCACUCCACUUAUGGAAAGAAAGAAGCCGCUGACGGACCGCGUCAACAUGGAGCUGACGAUGUUGAAUAAUCUGACGACGUUGAAGGAUCUUCGGAAGGCGAAGAGGCCUCAAGAAACCUCCCGCUCUUGA